CCAAAGAACCAAACACAAAUUCCCAAAUUUAGGAACAGAGAAACUUAACAACAGCACCAAAAAUAAAACUUAAGCAUUUAAAGAAGGGAAAACCAAAUGGUAAAAUCAACUGAAAUUAGUGGGGUAGUUAUCGUAAAAGAAGUAAUUAUAACAACGAUUAAUAGUUCGAGAUGAUGAGGAGGGAAGAAGAAGAAGAAGGAAGAGUAUCGUCAUCAUUAAGUAGCAGUAGAUGUCAAGAUUGUGGAAAUCAAGCCAAAAAAGAUUGUACAUAUAUGAGGUGCAGAACUUGCUGUAAGAGUCGAGGGUUUCACUGUGAAACACACGUUAAGAGUACUUGGGUCCCUGUCUCCACAAGGCGUCCCAGGCACCAUCUUCUUCAUCACACUACUAUUCAGCAACAGCAGCUUCAAAAUGGGCCAAACCCUAAAAGAUACAGAUCAAAUGAAGUGAUAGGUGAUGAUCACGAAGGAGGUAGUUUUCCGGGGGAAGUGAGUUCUCCAGCAGUAUUUCGAUGUAUUCGUGUAAGUUCCAUAGAUAAUGUGGUUGAUCAAUAUGCAUAUCAAACAUCAGUGAAGAUAGCAGGACAUGUUUUUAAAGGGAUAUUAUAUGAUCAAGGACCAGAUAACGAGAGUCCUCGUUACAACAAUUAUAUGGCUGGAGAAAGUUCGUCAAGUGACUUUCAGCUUCAUCAACCUCUUAUUUUACCUCCUACUACUACUACUACAACUUCUCCACCACCAUCAACUUCGACUUAUCCCAAUCUAUUUAGUGCUUUUAAUAUGCCUGGUACGCAAUUUUUUCAAUACCCAAAAUCAUCUUGAAAUAAACUUUCUGCCAUCAAUUUAACUUAUAUACAUUGAUUAAUUACCAUUCAAAUGUUGUAUUCUGAGGUAAGACGUAGCCCCCCUUAUCUGUAUCUUUUGUUGGAAUAUAACAUACACUACCUUUUGGUAGUUAAACCAAAUAAAUAAAAUAAAAAUACAUUGACAAUGUCACUGUAUUUUAAAAUUUAUUA